ACGAACCGUAUUUUCCAUGCAUGGUAAGUUUGGUAUCGGAUGUGAAAGGAAGACGCUGAAGUCCUUUUUAGAAAUUACUCAUAAACAUGUCAGCAACGGGCACACGUUAUCCUCUGUCGCAGCUAGGAAAGCCUCUUCAGCACAGUCUCAAUGAUCUCAAGAAUAUGAAUAUCUCUGAUGAAAUUCUGCAUUUGACUGCUGCUGAUGCCGGUAAAGUACGGUUCUCUAACUGGGGCCCUAAAGAAGCUUAUAAAGCUAUAUGUAAGGCUGGUGUUCUGGACCGAUUUAUAUCCGAUGCAUGGGUGGAGAACCAUUAUCGCUGGAUAGUCUGGAAACUUGCUUGUAUGAUCCGCUCGUACCCAUCAAAAUUCAGAGACUGGUGGUGCUCACGUAAAGUUGUUGAGCAGCUUUUAUACAGAUAUGAGCGUGAGAUCAACUUGGGUCAUCAAUCUGUGCUCAAGCGGAUACACGAACAAGACGAUAACCCUGCAAAACAUAUGGUGCUUGCUGUUGCCGACAUAAAGCCAUUCGUUGCAGCGGACGGCGGUGGGCAAGCUGCUGCUGCUGUUGCACGAAAAUACCAGCUGGUCUUAACAGAUGGAUGGUAUCAGAUCAACGCAGUAACAGAUCCUAGAUUGGAGCGUGCGAUUGCAAAAGGCAAAGUCUCUAUCGGAUCAAAACUGUCAAUAUGUGGAGCACAGCUUAACGGAGAUGCACAGCCACGAUCGCCUUUAAGCGCAUCAUCCAAUGAUUCCAUUUUAUCUAUAACAACAAAUGGUUCUUGGCUAGCAGCGUGGGAUGCUAAACUUGGAUAUCAACGAAACCGACUCGUCUUGCGCUCUCUUUCGAGCGUAUAUGAAGAUGGAGGUAUAAUUACUGUACUGGAUGUCGUUGUAUGUCGCAAGUAUCCCAUGAUGUAUACCGAAGUUUUACCAAAUGGCACGCGGAUAAAACGGACAGCCAGAGAAGAGGAAGAGGAGCGAAGGCGCGCUGGAGCUGAACUCCACCAACAUUGGGAUGAUGGAGGUGGGGGUGGGUGGGCACCACGCUUUCACGAGCAUGGCGGUAUGCGCAUGGUACAAUCACGAGGAAAGCCCCUCGAAGAACCAUCACCGACGAAACCCGAGGAGCGUACUGUUUCAGCUCAUUUUAGAGUGCAGCUAUGUGAUUAUCGCAGUAAUUCCAACAGCAGCAACAGCAGCGACGGCGGCGGCAGUGAGCAAAGGAUGGCAACGCUACUGUUAUUGGAUGCAAAUGAGCUGAAACACCUGGAUAUCUGCGAGGGCAGCCGGUACAAGAUCUACUUUACAAUGCCGUACACACUUUCAGACAAAAGCAUAAACAACAACUCAUCUACAAUACAUCUAAAAACGACAAGAAAAACUCAAUGGGAGAGUGUGUCAGAUAUCGACGAAGCCACACUUGCAUCUACUCUGUAUAUACCCCGCCAAAUCUCUUUGACAGCUACCUUGCCAACCCUCGAUAAAGGCUCAGAAAUUGACAUUGCUGUCUUGGUUCUCCAUUCUACAUGUUCUGGUGAAGAGUCCCGCACUAUCGAAGGCCGAGCACUCUGGUACCAAACAUUGCUUGUGACCGAUGCUAGUGGAGGAUUAUGUCAAGUCAAGUUAAAGCUACCCUGUCGUCCUUUAAAGGGUAUCGAUGGCCAGAUUGUUGGCUUCACUAAUGUGACUCGCGAAGUGCACGACACGAAGUAUUCGAUUACACAUCUAAAAGUUGGAGAUAACAGUGAGGCCUUCAACAAGCAGAAGGCAGCUCCCUAUAUGCAGCAAGCAAUCAAUAGCGUGCGUCAGUGGGCUCAAACUAAUCCUGAAGAACUGCAAGCGAUAAAGCAGCGCGUAAACCAGUUUUUGCUUUGAUAGCAAGUUGAACUGGGAUGAUUACGACGGGUUAGAGACACCCCCCGGGAAUAACUGGAUCUAGCUAGAUAUAGUGUUGUAAUUGACCGUGUUUUCUUUCAACAAAAAAAUCAAUGAUAUACCACAUAAUAUUUCUGAGUAUGCAUAUUGUGUAUCAGCGUUCCAUUUACGAUACUAAAAAUGGCAUGUCAAUAAUUGAUACUCAUGGAUUUAAUUCUUUUAACUCAAAAGACG